AGGCUGGGCCAGCCAAGCACCUGUCAGGGACAGCUCCCUGGUGCAGGUGCCAGACAGGUGGCUCCGGCCGAGCCCAACCCCAGCAUGAGCUCCUUCGACCUCCCAGCACCUUCCCCAGCUCGCUGCAGCCCCCAGUUCCCCAGCAUCGGCCAGGAGCCCCCCGAGAUGAGCCUUUACCAUGAGAACUUCUUCUACCCACAGGGCGUGCCCAGCCCUCAGCGCCCCCCCUCCUUUGAGGGGGGUGGCGAGUACGGGGCCACCCCCAACCCCUACCUCUGGCUCAAUGGGCCGGCCAUGACUCCACCGCCCUACCUGCCGGGCACCAACGCCAGCCCCUUCCUGCCCCAGGCCUACGGUGUGCAGAGGCAGCUGCUGCCCGGUAUGUCUGGGCUGGGGGGCGGCGACCUGGGCUGGCUGCCCAUCCCCUCGCAGGAGGAGCUGAUGAAGCUGGUGCGGCCCCCCUAUUCCUACUCGGCUCUCAUUGCCAUGGCCAUCCACGGGGCGCCCGACAAGCGCCUCACCCUCAGCCAGAUCUACCAGUACGUGGCCGACAACUUCCCCUUCUACAAUAAGAGCAAGGCCGGCUGGCAGAACUCCAUCCGCCACAACCUGUCUCUCAAUGACUGCUUCAAGAAGGUGCCCCGUGAUGAGGACGACCCAGGCAAAGGGAAUUACUGGACCCUGGACCCCAACUGUGAAAAGAUGUUCGAUAAUGGAAAUUUCCGCAGGAAGAGGAAGAGAAAAUCGGAUGUUUCCUCCAGCACGGGAUCCCUGGCCUCCGAGAAGACGGAGAACAGCCUCCUGACGGGCAGCCCCAAGACGGCAGAGGCCCAGGACAUCCUGGACAGUGCUUCACCGGGGACCACCGGCUCCCCAGAGAAGCCACCCUCCCCUCCCCCACCGGGCACCCCCUGCCUCAACAGCUUCCUCUCCACCAUGACCGCCUACGUGAGCGGGUCGAGCCCGGCGAGCCGCCCUGUGGCAACACCGGGACUGAGUCCUGAGCCCACGGACAAGAUGGGGCAGAACUUGCUGAACUUCAGCUCGUACACCCCACUCACCAACCUCAGCGGCCAUGGGGGCGGGGGCGAAUGGGCCAACCCCAUGCCUGCCAAUGCUCUCGGCUACGGAGGCUCUGUCCUCAACCAGUUCAGUCCCCAUUUCUACAACAGCAUCAACACGAACAGUGUCCUUUACCCCAGGGAGGGCACCGAGGUCUAGAACAGAGCAGCCCCCGAACCUGCUGGACACAUGGAGAAGAAAAGCAGUCGAGACCUCCCGUGCCAGCGUCAUUGCUGUCCAAGACCUCUGACCUGCCCGGACAGACACAGAAAGCUCAGGAAUUCGGCCUUUUUCUAGAACACAGUGUGGACCUUCUGUUUAUCUCACGUACACACACACACACACACACACACACACACCCGCCAACUCUGGAGCCUGGUAACAGUAAUCACGGGGACCAUCUGUGGAGUCUAAGCGCCACGUGCUGUCUUAGGCUCUUUAAAGGCGUAAUCACACUCAUAUUUACAGGCAUCCUGUGAGGGUCCAGUGAACCUCUUCGUUGAGCAGAUGAGGAAACCGAGGCUCCAGGAAGUUAAGUACCUUUCCCAGGAUCUCACACACUAGUAAGUGGCAGCGCCGUGGCUGGAGUCCAGGUCUCUAUGGGCCCCAAAGUCUGGGCCACAGAGGCAGGGAUGCGGCCAGUGGUGGAGCAGCUAGGGAAGGGCCCCGUGAAAGCGGCUUACGGCAAGCACCCCCUCUACCGUCUGGCUGCCCGUCAGAAUUCAGCCCUAGCCCCGGGCUCAUCUCGUCCAGCUCUAAGUCCUUAUUCCGUGGUUCCCAGCUUACCUGUAGAUACUCCCUUUGCUGCCACUCGAGGAGGGACGCCCAAGCCCCUGAAGGACGGUGUGUGCCCCCUCUCCCUCCGUGAGGGACACAGCUUCCCCUGCCCCAGAGCCCAUGAACGGGGCAGCGGGGAGGAACGGUGGGCCGCCUGCCCACGCCCCAGCCCUGUGUCCGCCUACAAGAUCGUGUAAAGCCCAGCUUCCUGCGUGCGCGUCAUGGACCAGUGAGCCGGAAGUGGCUGGCUCUUCCAAGAGAAACAAGGGUGCAUGAGUGCUUCCUUUUUUAUGGCCUGGGAGAGGUGCACGUCCGAGAAAACAAGGCCUCAAAGAAGGGGGCUGUGGCCCCCUGCACGGGGCCCCCCGCCUGUGCCCCUGAGACACUCUUUUUAUAUGUACUUUACAU